AGGAGAUAUAGAGAGAGAGAGACAUAGCGAAAGGGUGAGAGAGAGACACUGCUUCCCUGUUUCCUUUCACAACUCGUAGCAGCAAUCGGCGAGUCGGUCCUUACCGAGACUGGGAUCAAAACAAAGCGGUCUUGUGUGUUGAGGAUCCGAGCAGGGGGUGAAUAUACAGCCUAGUAGGGGUUACGUUACAUUCUGUCGUGUGUCGUGUUCGUCUAGAUUUCUUCGGAACUGUUACAACGGUACUACUCAUUGUGGAUUUGCAUUUUUCGUAGCACCGUUUCAAACCACACCACUCUCGUUACCUCCCGUUUCGGACGGCGGAGGUUUAAUUCUUGUUUUUCCCGUGGUGACCAAGGCGGCAUGAAUGACAAAAACAAAGGUUGAUGUCCAAAGCUCGCCGAGCCAGGUCUCUGCCUCGCCCAAGGAACGGAGACUGCUCCUCCGACACAAAAUGGAAAACGGAGGCGGAACCGGUAGCUCGGACAAUGGGCAGAUGCAGCACGCGAUGGCCGAGCAACAACAACAACACCCGGAUUCCACGUCAGGAGCAGCCGCGGUGUUGUCCGGCAAGUCCGCGGGAGAGAAUAAGAAAAAGAAGAUCAACCGAGCUCCGUCUCCGGCUAGACCUAAAGAUGUGCCCGGGUGGUCCCUCACCAAGAUCCGCGGAGGGAUCGCUACCCCGACGCUGAGCGUCAAACCCGGGGCCAUUCAUCUUGGCAGCCGGGUGUCCCGGCGGAGCCCCGCGGGGAGCCCUGGUGGGAAGGAGAGCAAACCAGAGAAGCACGGUGCCGGCCGACAGACGGGAAGAGCACCGGCGUCGUCCCAAGCGAAGAGUCCUGGCAGCAAAACGGGCAAAAGCGCACAAAGGAGAAAGACCUCAGACGCCAGUACGGGAUCCGACGACUUGUCUAAGGACUCUGGAUGCGCCGCGGAGAAGCUCUCCCCGACCGACAGCAGCUCCGAGUUGUCCGACUGCGCGUCCGAGGGGAACAAGCUCUCCACGGACGCAGCGAGCAGCGACACUGAGUCCAGGAGCAGCCGGGGAGGAGGAGUGGACGGCGAAAAGCCGGUGCGGGACGGCGGCGUGUUCUUCUCGGACGUAUCAAGCCGACAACAAGCCGCCAGGAACGCGAUGGAGAAGGAGCGACUGAGCAUGGAAACCGGGGAUGAGAGCAUGUCACCCGGGGAUGAACGGUCCGCCACCUCGUUCGACAGCCGCGUCCCCGCCAGCACAUCUCUGGCGUUCUCAGACCUCACCGAGGAGCUGGUGGACGGCAUGCAGGAAGAGUUCGUCCGGGAGAUCGAGGAGCUGAGAUCUGAGAACGAUUACCUGAAAGAUGAGAUGGAGGAGCUGCGGUCUGAGAUGCUGGAGAUGAGAGACAUGUACUUGGAAGAAGAUGUCUACCAACUACAAGAACUACGCCAGCAGCUGGAGCAGGCCAACAAGACGUGUCGCAUCCUGCAAUACCGCCUGCGGAAGGCAGAGCGGCGCUCUGUCCGUGUGGCCCAGACCGGCCAGGUGGACGGAGAGCUGAUCCGGACCCUGGAGCAAGACGUCAAGGUUAAGAGUCUGGGUGUCAUCCUCGACAGCACACUAUCAUUUCAAGCACACAUCAAUAAAAUCACCAGGUCUGCCUACUACCAUCUACGCAAUAUCAACCGCCUCCGCCCAUCCCUCACACCCCGUAGCACAGCCAUCCUUGUUCACACCCUGGUCACUUCCCGCAUCGAUUAUUGUAACUCCCUCCUCUUCGGUCUCCCCCUCAAGUCCAUCCGCAAACUCCAACUGGUCCAGAACUCUGCCGCCCGCAUCAUCACCAGAACCCCCUCCAUUAAUCACAUCACCCCUGUUCUUCAGCAGCUUCACUGGCUCCCGGUCAAAACCCGCAUCCACUUCAAGAUUCUGCUCCUCACCUUCAAGGCCCUCCACAACCUCGCCCCUCCAUACAUCUGUGAACUCCUACGCACCAACACACCCACCCGCACUCUCCGCUGGGGUCAUCCCAAGACCCAGUAG